AUGAUUACUAACUUUAUAAUUUUAGUAUAUUUAGGAUCAUGGACUAUGUUCAUUCUUUUGAUAAUAUUGAUUGGAUAUCUAAUAGAUAAAUCAUAUAAAUUAGCAUCAAUAUCUCCUUAAUUCAAUAAUAAAACACCUGCUGAUACAACAUUUGCAAUUCAUCCUAUUUCAUCAAAAGUAUAAAGUCAAACUAGAACAUAAUAAAUAACAAGACUUGAAAACAAUGAAUUAGAGGAUUUUUUUAAUAAUCCAGGAGAUAAUUCACCAAAUUUGAAUUAAGAUGAUUAAUUUUAUAGUAAUGGAGAGAGAAAUAUCACAGAAUAAAAUUCUCCAGUUCGUUUAACAGUUGAUUCAAAAUAAGUUUAAUCUCCAAGAAUGAAUAGAACACCUUAAAGAUCUAAUACUUUAAGAAGGACAAUUUUAAGAAAACCAACAAUUGGUACAUAUGAAGGAAUAGAAACUAUAUAGACUACAAAUAGAAAAAGUCUAAGGACUUCUGGGAAAGGAUUAUCAUAAAUUUAAAGUGAUCGAAAUAGUGUAGGUGAUUUUACACCUAGAUCAACAAAUCAAAAAUAAUAAUAAAAUUAACCAAGAAUAUCACAAUUUAGUAUUCUUGGAAAGGUUGAACCAAUCAAAUAGGAUCCAAAUUAUAAAAUACCAAAACCAGAUAAUGAUUUUUAUGUAUAAAUUGAAAUAAAAAUAGAAAUGUCAUUAAUUUAGUAAAAUAUUUUAUUCGCAUAAAGAAGAGAUUUCAAGAAUAUUUAUGAUCUUUACUAUAUAUUUUCGAUAAUUAAUUUGUUUGGAUAUAUCAGGAGUGCUUAUACAUUAUCUACCUAAUCUUAAUUUAUGGAUUAUUAUAGCAAUAACAACAAGCACUUGUUUAAUAUUGAAAAUAAUUGAUUAUUAUGCAAUCAAAGGUAUUGUUCAUCAUCAUCAAAAGUUGAAAUAUGUAUAAAUAGUUAUUUGGAUUUUAAGUAUUGGAAUAAUAAUAUGGCUCAUUAUAUUUCUAAGUUUUGAUAAUUUAUAAUGGUUUAUUGAAUAUCUACCUAGUUUACUAUUAGAUUUAAUAGUGAUUGAUCCAUUAAAAUACAUUAUGAUCAAAUAUUGUUUGCAAGAACCAAAGAAAAUCAGAGAACCUAAAUCAAAGGUAGAUGUCUUAAAAGUAAUGCAACAAAUUAAAUGA